CUCUUCAGCCUCCCUUUCCUUUUUCUUUCUAGAAAAUAAAUGCAGAAAAUCAAUACCCAUUUCUGUUCUUCUCUAUUCUGCAAUUCUUUCCAUACUUAACGACUAAUCAAGAAAAAAAAAAUCGUCUUUUUACUUCUGUAAUUGGGACGGUGGUGCCCGGCGGUUUAAACCCAGAUGCCGGCGAUGCCUGUCCCAGAGUUAUUAUCAUUAUUGAUCUUCAUUUUUGUCUCCUCACUUGCAAAAUCGGUGAUAGCGGUUCAAGGGGUAGGGCAUCAUGUUAAAGUUUUAGCUCUAGAAAGGACUUUUCCAGCGGACCAAAGGGUGGAGCUGGAUUCGCUUAAGGCUCGGGACCGAGCAAGACAUGCUCGAAUCCUACAGGGUUCUAUGGGCAGUGGUGGGGUAGUUGAUUUCUCAGUUUCUGGUUCAUCCGAUCCUUAUGUAGUUGGGCUUUAUUAUACUAAAGUUAAGUUAGGAUCUCCUCCAAGAGAAUUCAAUGUACAGAUUGACACUGGCAGUGAUAUAUUAUGGGUUAAUGGAAUUUCUUGCACAACUUGUCCACAACUAAGUGGAUUAGGGAUAAAUCUCAAUUUCUUUGAUGCAGCCAGCUCAUCUACUUCCUCUUUGGUUUCUUGUUCAGAUUCAGUUUGCACUUCUAUAAUUCAAACAGCAGCAGCUGAAUGUGCUGCACAGAAUAAUCAAUGUGGCUUUUCGUUUUCGUAUGGAGAUGGAAGUGGGACAUCUGGUUACUAUUUGUCUGACUUACUUCACUUUGAUUCGAUUAUGGGUUCUACGUUGGUCGCUAAUUAUUCUGCUCCAAUUAUUUUCGGGUAUAGCAAUUCCCUGUCUGGUGAAUUAACUAAGACAGAUAGAGCAAUUGAUGGGAUAUUUGGGUUUGGUCAGCAUGAUCUAUCGGUCAUAUCUCAAUUAUCAUCGCAAGGAAUUACUCCACGAGUUUUCUCCCAUUGCUUGAAAGGAGAGGGCAAUAAUGGUGGCAUACUAGUCCUUGGCGAGAUUCUGGAUCCAAGAAUUGUCUAUAGCCCCCUUGUCCCAUCCCAGCCUCAUUAUAAUUUGUAUCUACAAAGCAUUGCUGUCAAUGGACAGUUGUUACCUAUUGAUGAAGGUGUGUUUGCUACCUCAAGUGAUAGAGGAACCAUUGUAGAUUCAGGAACAACUUUGUCAUAUCUAGUGGCGGAAGCUUAUGAUCCUUUUGUCAGUGCUGUGAGUGCUUCAGUUUUACAAUAUGCACAAACUCUUAUGUAUAAAGAAAACCAGUGUUAUCUUUUACGCAGCAGUAUAAAUGAUGUGUUCCCUUUCGUUGCUCUUAACUUUGCUGGAGGUGCAUCCAUGGUUUUGAAGCCUCAAAACUACCUCAUCGAUUAUGGUUUUACUGACGGUAAAGCAAUUUGGUGCAUGGGAUUUCAAAGACAGCAGGAUCGAAGUAUAACAAUUUUAGGAGAUCUGGUUCUAAAAGACAGGAUUGUUGUUUACGAUAUAGCUCGUCGGCGGCUUGGUUGGGCUGAUUACGACUGUUCUUUGUCAGUUAAUGUCUCGAUAACUUCUGGUAAGGAUCUAUACUACAAUGGCGCCACACUAAGUGUGAGCAGUUCGUCGAGAAGUAAAAAAGUCUUAAAGUUGAUUCUUCUCCUCCUUCACAUUUUGUUGUUCAGUAACCGCCUCUUGUAACUGUAACACAUAAAUGGCAGCUCAAUGUUCUAAGUCUAACCCAUAUUAGUGUUAUAUUUAAGGUGAGAUUUUGUAGAGUUGGUUUAAUUGCUUUUGUGGCCCAUGA